AUGGGCCACAGCAUGGUCGGGCAGGAAUCUGCUUUCUAUCUUUUGAAUCCAGACGUGGACGGAUAUCGGCCCCCAAUUACAGGCUGGAUCUUGGAGGCGCCGUAUAUUGGACUCGAUCCGGCUAUCCAUCCAAAUCUCAUCAUCGUUGCCGUCGCCAAGCAAGUUGCGCGUGUCUUUCUCAAGUUGAAGUUUACUCAGCCAGUGACUGGCGAGUUUGUCACUAGAGAUCGCGAUGUGCGCGAGAGGUAUCGCAGCGAUCCACUCUGCCACAAUACUGGCACUUUGGAGGGAUUGCAGGAUUUGCUUCAACGCGAAAGUGACCUCACCAAAUUGUCUAUGUCAGACCAGCCUGUUCCCUCUGGCGUCAGCGCACGCCUUCCUUGCCCUGUAUUCUGGGCACAUGGCUCGGCAGAUAUGAUUACCUCCUAUGCCAUUUCGAAGAGGCUUUAUGAGCGACUCGAACCAGGCAAUGAGGCUGAUCUGGACGCGAAGACGUGGAAGUCAUUCGAGGGCGCGUUUCACCAGCUCCAUUCUGAGCCUGAUGGCGUGACAGAGGAAUGCAUGUGA